AUGGCGGCAUCUACAAACCACUCGCCGGCCAAUGCCAGAUUCAGAAUCCUGAUGCUUCAUGGCUACGCACAAACAGCCCAGAUCUUCCGAAUUAAGACCCGACUCCUCCUGCAAGAGAUUUCACAGUCCCUCUCCCCAAUCCUCCUGAAGAGAUACCCCGGGGGUCUUGAAUUCCUCUUCCCCGAUGGUCCUGUGAACCUGGACGCCGCUGGCGGCUCCGAGUUCGAGAUCAAGCCAGCCAGCGUAGCCAGACUAGGCUGGUGGUUGAACCUCGACAACACCAGCCGCUAUAUCUUUCUCAACGACGCCUUCCAUCACCUGGCCGACUUCCUGGGCGGGGAACCAAUCCACGGGGUGAUCGGCUUCUCGCAAGGCGGGGCCCUCGGUAUGAUGCUAGCCGCCAUGUGUGAGGCUGUGAAUGAUUCACAACGAGCGCAGGCAGUUCGCGCACAGAAUCUCCCCCUUGAUUCCUUCCUCCAGUCCCUCCCAGGCCAGCAACCACUGCAAUUCGCCCUCAGCUUCUGCGGCUUCCGGGGCACCAUGGACUACUACAGCAGCCUGUACCAGCCACCCCUCCGCACACCGUCCUUCCAUGCCAUCGGGCUGUUCGACACGAUGAUCACUGCCGACGAGAGCCAGGACCUCGUCACAUCCUUUGUCGCGCCGGACGUCCGCCACUUUUUCGGCGGCCAUUUCAUCCCCAGAGACGCGGAGAGUGUGGAGAGGGUCACCCAGUUUUUGCGGAGGAUCUGCCUGGAUCGUAUGACGGCGGACGUGGAUGCACCGGAGCCGAGUUCGACGGGGGACGCGGCUUCGUUGUCGAGUACGGCGAGUGUGAGACGUCGGUCGAAGAGGGUGUGGCGCCAGCAAGACGAAUCGUGA